GGUCUCAGAACGGCUUCAGGGCUUUCAACAACAUCUUACGUGCUCGUCCUAGAUUCCGCCACGUCUGAGAACGAGCGUUCUGCCAACGCAUCUCGUGUCGAAUACUUUUAAACAGCAUACUCUCUGUUUUCUUACACUCUUGGCUGUCAGUCUCGGAGUGAGCGUUACGUGACCCUGCUCGAUCCCGCCUCCUGCGCAUCUCGCGUUUGUGACCUUUCCCUCAAAACAACGUUACCCUUUCUUUUCUGGCAACAAUGGCCACCAGCAAAUCCGCUAGCUAUGACUAUUUAAUUAAGCUUUUGCUUAUUGGGGAUAGUGGUGUGGGAAAGAGCUGCUUACUAUUGCGGUUUUCGGAUGAUUCCUUCACGCCUUCCUUCAUUACAACCAUUGGUAUCGACUUUAAAAUUCGCACAAUCGAAUUGGACGGAAAGCGCAUCAAGUUACAGAUUUGGGAUACUGCUGGACAAGAACGUUUUAGAACAAUUACCACAGCAUAUUACCGUGGAGCAAUGGGUAUUUUGUUGACGUACGAUGUCACGGAUGAGCGCUCCUUCAACAACAUUCGAAACUGGAUACGUAACAUUGAGCAGCACGCCAGCGAAGGCGUGAACAAAAUCUUGGUUGGAAACAAGUGCGAUAUGCUGGAGAAGAAGGUUAUCAGUAAGGAACAAGGACAGGCUCUGGCUGAUGAAUUCAAGAUCAAAUUUCUGGAGACGUCUGCCAAAUCGAACAUUGGCGUCGAAGAAGCGUUUUUCACUCUUGCGAGGGAUAUCAAGAAACGAUUGAUUGAUACCGCUUCUGAGAAGCCGGAGAAGCCGUCGGGGGUUACAGUCAAUCCAGAGCCAGCCAAUCGACAGGCUGGUUGCUGUGGCAAAUGAGAGCUGGAUUGGGUGGUGAGGGACGAGUUUGUUGCACAUUUGUCGCAUUAUAAUGACGGUGAUUAAGCGUGGUGAUAGAAAAAUGGCCGUCUGCGUGUGGUUGAGGUUCUCUUAUGCUGUUAACUGUUCAAAUACCAGAAUAUUGUCUUCUUUUUAUAUUCGCCCUA